AUGCAAAAAAAAAUUGUUUUAUUAUAUAUUUAUUUGUUUAAUUUAUAUUACAUAAAAAUAAGUAAUUGCCUAUUAAAAUGUUCAUAUAAAUUAAAAAUAAGGAAGAAAUAUUUUAUUUCACCAAAAUGGAUAUUAAAAGAAAUGAAAAUUAAUAUUAAUAAAUAUAAAUUAAACAAAUUAGAAGUAAAAAAUGAGAAUAAUAAAAAAUUAAUUAAAACAUAUUCCUUAACAAGCAAUGUUAAUAAUGAAGUAAAAAAAAAAAAAAAAAAAAAAAUUAUAAUAGGAAAUUGGAAAUGCUAUUUAUCAAAAGAACAAGCAUAUAAAUUAAUUGAUACACUUACUAAAGUUAAGUAUUCUAAUUAUAUUGAUUUAGUAAUAUCUCCUAAUUUAUUAUUUAUUCCUUAUCUACAAGAAAAAAUAAAGGAAAAUAAUUCUAAAAUAAAUACUUGUUCCCAAGAUGUUAGCCUAGUUAAUGGAUUUGGUGCUUUUACAGGAGAAACAACAGCUAAAUUAAUUUAUGAGUUUGGGAAUAAAUACACAAUAAUAGGCCAUAGCGAAAGAAAAAAGGGAUUUUAUAAUAAUGUAGAGACUAUUGAGCAGACUGUUUUAAAAGUGUGCAAUGCAAUUCAUUCAAAAUUAAAAGUUAUAUUAUGCGUUGGUGAAGAUUAUGAUAGUACAAACUUUCAGCUUUUUUCUUUGAAAAUAAGAGAGUUAUUAUCUAUAAUUAAAAAAAAAGUUUCAAAGAAUGAAAUGAAGAAUAUAAUUAUUGCUUUUGAACCAAAUUUUGCCAUUGGGACAGGGAAAUAUGUUUCUUACGAUAUUUUAAAUGAUUGCUGUUUAGAUAUUAAAAAAAGUAUAGCUGAUGAAAUAGAUACAAAAACAAGUGAUGAAAUGUUGAUAGUUUUUGGUGGAUCCAUUAAUAAGUCUAAUAUGAAAAAUUAUAUAAGUAACACUGUUAUUGAUGGUUUUUUGAUAGGAAAAGCUUCAUUAGAUGAAACUUUCAUCGACAUUAUAAGAUAUGUAGAUGAUUAUAUUUUGUCUAACACAUAG